AUGGAGGGAUGUCUGACACUCAUUUUACUCUCUUCCAUAAUCACUAUAACCACAUCUGAUUUUGAGACUGUUAGAUUGGUUGGUGGUAACAGUCCCUGCUGUGGUAGAGUGGAGGUUCAUCAUGAUGGUCAGUGGGGAACAGUGUGUGGCGUUGGAUGGGAUAAGACUGAUGCUGCAGUAGUUUGUAGAGAGGUGGGAUGUGGAGAGGCUGUAGAGGCUGUGCGUAAUGCUCGUUUUGGACAAGGAUCAGGAUCAAUCUGGAUGGAUAAUGUGGCCUGUAGUGGAUCAGAGUCAGCACUGAAGGACUGUAGAUCAGGAGGAUGGGGUGUUCAUGACUGUGGUCAUCAUGAAGAUGCUGGAGUCAGAUGCUCAGGGUUAUGUCCAUAUUAUAAUCAUAGUGACAGAUUUUUUUUUUUUUUUUUGUGUUGUGUAAAUAUAAUCAGAAACCUUAACCUACAGUCAAGACUUGUUGCUGGGUCUCACCUGUGCUCUGGAAGAGUGGAGAUGCUUCUAGUAGGUGGAUGGGGUUCAGUGUGUGACGCUGCCUUUGACCAGCAGGAUGCAGAGGUUGUGUGUAGAGAGCUGGACUGUGGGGCUCCUGUACAGGUGCUGGGAGCAGCUGCUUUUGGCAAAGGAGACGGUCAGAUUGGAUCAAAAGUGAUUCAGUGUAGAGGAGAUGAAUCACACAUUCAACACUGUCCAUCAUCAACUUCACAAAAUAUAAAGUGCAACCAUGACAAUGAUGUGGGACUGAUAUGUUCUGGUUACACUGAUCUCAGACUGGUAAAUGGUCCUGACAUCUGUUCUGGUCGAGUUGAACAUCAGUACUUAAAUAAAUGGGGCACAGUGUGUGAUGCAUGCUGGGAUAUGAGAGCUGCCAGUGUCCUCUGUAGACAGCUGAAUUGUGGGAUUGCUGUGUCUGUUGUGGGAUCAGACUGGUUUGGAGAGGGAAGUGGUGAAAUCUGGGCUGAUGUGUUUGAUUGUGACGGGAAUGAAACAAAACUCUCAGAAUGUUCCAUCUCUUCAUGGAGUCGAGCUGAAUGUUCUCAUAGACGAGAUGUUGGAGUCAUCUGCUCUAAUUCCUCUCUGGCUCUUCAUGAUGGUCUGGUGCGGUUGUCUGGAGAGAGACAGUGUGAGGGGGAGGUGGAAGUUUUCAUCCAUCAGGUCUGGAGGAGAGUUCUGCUGGACUCCUGGAGUCUCACUGAAUCCUCUGUGGUCUGCAGACAGCUGGGCUGUGGCUCUGUGCUGAACUUCUACGGCUCCUCUUCAUCCAGUCCUGAACACAGUCAUGAGUGUGUGACGGGCUUCCAGUGCUCUGGGAGUGAAGCUCAUCUGGGGAACUGCAGCUCUCCACAAACUCUCAACUGCAGCUCCACACAACAGCUGUCAAUCACCUGCCUUGGUCGUGGGUCCAUCAGGCUGGUGGGUUCUGGGGGAGACUGUGCAGGGAGGCUGGAGGUUUUUCACAGCGGCUCAUGGGGGACAGUGUGUGAUGACUCCUGGGAUAUUAAAGAUGCCCAUGUGGUGUGCAGACAGCUGCAGUGUGGAGUGGCCCUCAGUAACCAGCAGGUACCAGCCUGGUUUGGUCCUGGUUCUGGACCCAUAUGGCUGGAUGAGGUGGAGUGUGAGGGGAAUGAGACGUCCCUGUGGAGCUGCUCUUCUCCAGGCUGGGGAAAACAUGACUGUCAACACAAGGAGGAUGUAGGAGUUGUGUGCUCAGAGUUUAAAGAGAUCAGGUUAACUGAGGGCUGUGAAGGGAAUGUGGAGGUUUUCUACAAUGGAUCCUGGGGUAAUGUGUGUUGGAACCAGAUGGACAGAGACACAGCGAGUCUGAUCUGUCAAGAGCUGAACUGUGGAAGAUCUGCCAGUGAACCCAUUUAUUCAGAGGGACUGAAGUCCCAUAAUUGGCUUGAUAAACUUAAAUGUCGACGACAUGAUUCCACUUUAUGGCAGUGUCCAUCUUCACCCUGGGGACAGAAUGACUGUGAUAAUGAAGUGGCCAAAAUCACCUGCUCAGAGGAUCAAACACUUGAGUCUCCUCAGAGUCUUCUGACAUGUUCUACCUCACCAUCUCCUCACCAGAGACAGUGUUCAAAUCAUGUUCCUCUCAGACUGAGUGGAGGGGAGGGCCGGUGCUCUGGGAGGCUGGAGGUGUAUCAUAACGCUGUGUGGGGCUCAGUCUGUGAUGAUCAGUGGGACAUCAGUGAUGCUCAGGUGGUCUGCAGGCAGCUGGGUUGUGGAGCAGCACUGAGGGCUGAUGGGAAUUCAGUCUUUGGUGCUGGUGAAGGUGUUGUGUGGAUGAACAGAGUCGAGUGCAGAGGGAAUGAGAUUCACCUGUGGGACUGUCCUCUCUCCCUGAAAAACCACACUGACUGCUCCCGCAAAGAGCACGCUGGACUCACCUGUGCAGAUUUGUCAGAAUUUACUACUCCUGCCACAUCAACAUCAGCUUCUCCUCCAGUUUCUCCUCCAGUGAGCUCAACAUCAGUCACUCCUCUACAAACUCCUCCAGCAGCGUCUCUCUGCGUCGGCCCAGUGCUUGUGAUUGUACUGGUAGCUGUGCUGUCACUGCUCUUAGUGUCACUGCUUAUACUGAUUCAGCGAAAGAGAGUGAUGAGGAGAGGUAGGUAGGAGAUCCAGUGUUACAUCUGGCUUAGAGAUGUAACAUUAAGGGAGACUACAUGGCGGAAUAGUUUCAAACAUAAUAUUUAUUACAACAAAAUUAAUCAAAAUAACAUAACACAGAACGUCAGUAUCAGUAGGUUCAAUCAGUAUGAAAUGCAAGUGAAUGGAUGCACAAUGAACUGUGGUCAGUGCUUGUGAAUGGAUGCAAAACAAAACAUAAUGCCACAAAAUUGAAGCGCCUUAUGAAUUCACCUUAGGCUGAAAGAAAAGUACAUUUAUGUAGGAGAUCACUCUUCAGCUAUAAAAAAAUGAAGCACAAAUGUUAGUUUAUCUAAAGUAAUUUUUGCUUAUUAGUAUGGUUGAAUUGCAUCAUCUAAGGUCAGCAGCAAAGACACUGGUUAAUAAAAUGGGAUUAAAUA